UCAUCGGCAAUGUAGUAGUUAAGUUAACCUCAAAUUCAAUUGUCAAAUUUACACGUCCAAGAGAAGUAUCAUUUCAAUUUUGUAUCUUACUAUUUGUCAAACAAAAUAUAAUAUACUUUUUAAACAUGUUAUAGAGUUACGUCAGUGCGCAAAGAUUGGAAAGCUGUUGUCUGUUGAAAUGCAAUAUUUCUUGCAUAGGCUAUUAACUAGUGCAUUGUGGCCAUUUAGAGAAAUGUACUAACAGAUUGUGUAAAGUAAAAAAUUUUCAACGGAUCAAAUGGUUGUUGUGGAAAUGGCAUCUCGCAAAAGAAGUGGAUCUGGGUCCAAAAGACAGUUAAAAGAAAAAGUUGUUCAAAUUUACGAGUCGUUUUUCAGGGGAGAAGAUCUAACCAGGGCUAAUCCUAAUGUGUGGGAUGAAUUAUUUCUUCUCAAACCUAAGAUAAGCUACUUUGAAAUGGAAAUGCAGAAAAUGAGCGGCGAACAACUAGUUUUGAUACAAGACAAUCUGCAUGUACUGUUCGACCAGUGCAUUGAAACCUUGGGACAUCAACACAGCAUCAGAGUGGUGCAUGCAUUACAGACACUGUGUGCAAUUGUAAAUAGCACUUACAGAAAGUGUCAAAAUGAUGCCAUGAAUUUAUUAAUGGGUAUCCACGCUGCUGAGAAACGAAUGCAGCAGUUGUUAAAUCAUUGCAAUUCAAUACUGAGUGGAGAAAGUCCCUCCAGUCUGAAAAACCUGUGUCUGAAACUACUACUGAUUCUUGUAACUGGAGCAGACAACGUAUCGACAAAUUUUUUGUUGGAGUAUGUUAUGAUGAACAGUAUUUUUGAAACUCUGAUACAAUUGCUUUGCAGUACAAACAGCAGAGUUGCUCAUGGACAUGAUGUGGUUUCAUUGUUGACAUUACUUAUCAACUAUCGUAAACACGAGGCAGCUAAUCCAUACAUUGUCAAACUUUCUAUCCUAGAUGAUGAGUUAGCCCUGAAUGGAUACGGUCAGGUGAUCACGUGGUCACUAGGAGAGUUCUGCCAUCACUUCACUGUACAGCAAAGUGAGCCGCAAGGCAGCUGGUUGUCCUCCCUGUCCUCUAUGGUGGGCAACAUGUUCAUCUCUGAUGACCUGGAGACCAGGACCCAGCAGAUCAGAGCUAACAAUGGCCUGCUGCUAGCGUUGUAUGAAGCUGUGCAUCUCAACCGCAACUUCGUAACUACUCUGACUCACUCACAGACAGAGACCAGCACUCCCCCCUCCCCCUCCAACACCAUCACAGCAGGUGAACCACUGGAGGUACCACAACCCUCCAACCUUCUAGUCACCUUCCUGCAAUACUGUUCCAUAGUAAUGCAAGACACCAAGUCAGAAGCCAGUGUGAACAAUGUGAAGCUGUGUUUCAUCAUACUGACGUGCAUCUCUGAGGACCAAUACGCCAACUCUCUGAUGCAUGAUGUCAACCUAGUGUUCAAAGUACAACUCCACCGCAUGCCUAUGAGACAUCGCAAAUUUGUACCUGAGAAGGGAGCACAACCUCUCGCCAACACCCUCAUGGACCUUCUGGUUGAGUUUAUCAUGAGCCACAUGAUGAAGAAGCUGUCCUUGGAGCUGUACUUGCAGUGUGUGGGAGUUGUACACAGAGUGUUGUGUUACCAGAAGAGAUGUAGAGUUAGACUUAUGUAUCAGUGGAAGGAGCUCUGGACGGCUCUCAUCACUCUGCUCAAGUUCAUCCUGGCUAAUGAGAACCAUCUAGCCAAGAAAAUGAACAUAUUUCUGUUAGGUUUACAGGUAGUGAAUAUUUUCAAUUUGUUUAUAACAUACGGAGACACAUUUCUGCCCUCCCCCAGCAGUUAUGAUGAGCUCUAUUAUGAGCUGAUUCGGAUGCAUCAAGUAUUUGACAACAUCUACUCUACAGCUUUCAGGUACUCGACAGUUGAUGGAGAGUUCAAAGAUACAGCUUUACUAUUAACUAAUAGUCUCGUAAAUGUAAGAGCGAUUAUUAACCACUUUACACCAAAGAUUGAUGCAUGGUUGGAAGGACAAGCUUUGUCAACUCCUUCUGAAGAUGAAAUAUUGGAAGUAGUGAGGAAGAACUACGACAGCCUCACACUCAAGCUUCAGGAUAGCCUUGACCAAUAUGAGAGGUACUCUGAAAACCCGCAACAUUCUGCCUUCUUCACCUCUAUGGUGCGAAGUGUAGUCGUCGACACAAGGCAGAACAUAGACUAUGCAUCUCUUGACCUGCAAGUCAUCCUACAAGAACUGUCAUCAAUCACAUGAACCAAAACUGACAAUGCUGUUGCCUUAUUAAUAUUUAUUUUGUGAUUUCGUGUUAACUUAUUAUUAUUGUAUUCUACCAUCUGUACCAGAAAAGAACAGAUUUUUUACAAUAUUAAUAAACUUUUUAACAAUGUUUUCGAUCAAAAUAUCAAUUGUAACUCAAUUGCCUGUCGGUUUU